AUGGAGACAAAGUUUACCCCCUCAAAUGCCAACCUGUUUCUCAGAUGUGAUCGCUGUAGUCACGUGACUGUUGUGAAGUCAGAAGGUCCUUUAGAAGGAAAGGACUUAGCCACUACCCUUCUGCUUCCUAAACCAAGUGAUCGCUGUAGUCACGUGACUGUUGUGAAAUCAGAAGGUCCUUUAGAAGGAUGGGAAGUAGUCGCUGCCAUUAGUGUUCCUGUGCAUGGUUUUAAGGAACUGCAUAACAUUGUUGUGGAGGAAAUGAGUGAGAACAAAUCUGUAACGACUGAAGCCACAGCGACCGAGGCAGAGGCAACUAGCAAACCUUUAACUUUUAAACAGCCUAACUUCCAUCAUUCGGGAAUUGGAGGAGCCGCAGCUGGUAAAAAAAACAGGACCUGGAAGAACCUGAAACAAAUUCUUGCUUUAGAAAGGGCAUUGCCAUGGCAACUAAAUGAUCCGAGCUACUUCAGCAUUGACGCACCACCUUCAUGCAAGCCAGCAAAGAAGUAUUCUGAUAUAUCAGGACUUCCAGCAAAUUAUACUGAUCCACAAACCAAGUUAAGAUUCAGCACCAUUGAAGAAUUCAAUUAUAUAAGGAUGCUUCCCACUGAUGUUGUUACUGGUUAUCUGACGUUAAGGAAAGCAACAAGUAUAGUCCCGUAGAAAAACAACGUUUUGAAGACGAAGGCUGCAGAACAGUAUUCCAGAAGUGGCUGAAUAUCCUAAAUACCACGAGUUGUGGCUGUCAAAUGUUUAUUAGAUAUGUAAUUUUAUAAAUAAUGGAAUAAAGCAAAUUCUUAUUUUGAAUUUUUUCAAUAUUUUGUUUAUUAUAUUCACUCAAGUAAACUUGUCUUCCCCCUUCACCCAA